AUGACCUCCCAAUCACCACCACAAGAACAACAGCAACAGCCGACAGUCAUGCCCGCCUCCCCCACCCGAACCGCCACUCUUCUCUCCAACCUAGGAUCGGUGACGUCGCGCGUCACCGCAGCCGCAACGAAAGCCACCACAGAAUCACGACCCAUCCGGCUCAUCGCCGUUUCCAAGCUCAAGCCCGCCGCCGACGUCCUCGCCCUCCACCAGCCGCCCGCGUCCCACCUGCAUUUCGGCGAAAACUAUUUGCAAGAGCUGCAGGAGAAGUCUAAGCUGCUCCCGCCGACCAUCAAAUGGCAUUUCAUCGGCGGUCUGCAGUCGAAUAAGUGCGUGACACUGGCACGCGACGUGCGGGGCCUCUGGGCCGUCGAAAGUGUCGAUUCCGAGAAGAAAGCCUCCCUCCUCGAUAAAGGAUGGGGAGAGCGAUCUGAGGAGCUGCGCGCAACCGACCAAGAGUCGCAGUUGCGGGUGUUCGUGCAGGUGAACACCUCCGGCGAGGAGAAUAAGUCUGGGGUCGAUCCCGUUUCCGGGGGUGAUGACGAUCGGGCUAUUGCCAGGUCGAAGGCGACCACGCCAGAGACGGAGAAUGAGGAUUUUGUGUGCUUGCGGGAGACGCGCGAUCGGAUUGUGCGGGAGCUGGAGCUGGAAGGGGAGGAUGCCCGGUUGGAGUUGAGUAUGGGCAUGAGUGAGGAUUUCGAGGGCGCGAUUGCCUUGGGAAGUGAUGAGGUACGGGUGGGAACCACCAUCUUCGGGCAGAGACCGCCCAAGGACCAGGCGAAGGUGAUCUAA